AUGGAGACCAGCCGUGCGCACGGCACUGUUAUUGUAGAAAUCAUAGAGUUGACGGAGGAUGCUGUUAAAUUUUUUGACCGUAUUGCAAGACAUGUGGAGAGACUAGACAUCAAAAAACAAACUGAUAUUCUAAAUAAAGGAGAUAAAGCUCUGGGAAUCUUUAUAGUGGUGAGGGGAGAAGCUGAGGUGGUAUCGCAAAAUGGUAAGGAUGUCAUAGCAACAAUCUCAGAAGGAGACUACUUUGGGGAAAUUUCUGUGUUAUUUAAAGUUCCAUGUACUGCCAGAGUUAGAGUUCCACAAAAAGCGAUUUUACUAUUCCUACCAGUGGAGAAGGCAAAUAAGGUUUUACAUCGUGUGCAAAUAGAACUACAAGAGUACUACAAACUAAGGAAAUACAUGCAUCUUGACGCAGAUACUAGAGUAGAUCAAACCAUCUUACAAACUGAAAUAGCCAAAGAAGCCCUCAAGCAGGUGAGAAAAGCGAUUUUGCUAUUCCUACCAGUGGAGAAGGCAAAUAAGGUUUUACACCGUGUGCAAAUAGAACUACAAGAGUACUACAAACUAAGGAAAUACAUGCAUCUUGACGCAGAUACUAGAGUAGAUCAAACCAUCUUACAAACUGAAAUAGCCAAAGAAGCCCUCAAGCAGGUUCCAAUGUUAGAAAGUUGGAGUGACGAAUCACUAAGUUAUAUUAUAUCUAAUAUAGCAAAGCUGCACAAUCCUAUCGUGUUGUAUCCAACCAAUUCAUGUUUAAUACAUCAAAAAGAUCCAUCAAGAGAAAUAUGCAUACUUGUCAGAGGAAAAGUUUCUGUUGUUGAUGGUAAAAAGGUGAUAACCACUAUAGACACAAAGAAGUCACCCAUAUGUGUUGGAGAGGAAGGUCUUUUUACCAAUACAGACCGUGCAGUGACAUUUAAAACUCUCACUGUGUGCCAUGUGAUAAAAAUUGAUAAAGCAGCCCUCAUAGAAACCAUACAUAAGUUUGAAUGGAUGCAGGAACAUAUUAUUCUCGAUCUCUGGACUCCUGGAUGAGGAUUAAAAAGUGGAAAUCACGGAAAGUUUAUAAUGAAUAUGCACUGAACUACAGCUAGAGGUAUGAACUUUGCAUA